AUGGGAUGCGGACAGUCCAAGAUGGAGGAGGAGUACGCGGUGCGCCACUGCCGGGAGCGCUCCGAGCUCCUGGCGCUGGCCAUCCGCCAGCGCUACAUGCUCGCCGACGCGCACCACGCCUACGCCGAGUCGCUGCGCUCCGUCGGCGCCUUGCUGCACGACUUCCUCCGCGGGGUCCAGUCGCUGCCGCCGCCGCCCCCCGAGCCCGCGCUCCGCCUCCCGCAGCAGCGGAAGGGCGACGGCCUCCCCGCCGCCUCGCCGCCGCCCGCAAUCGCGUCCUCCUCCUCCGCCGCGCCGCCCGUCGCCAAGCAGGUCCGCAUCGGCCCCGACGACGGGCAUAUCCACUUCUCCGACGACGACUCCGAUUCCGAGGGCGGGCACAUCAAGUUCCACGACGACGAGGAGCCCGACCCGGCUCGCCGCCGCCCGGAGGUCGUCCGCUCCGCCGGGGAGCCGGGUCCUCCGCCGCCGCAGAUGGGACCGCCUUAUGCCUCCGGGUAUGCUCCGCCGCCGUAUGGUCCUGGAUACGGCUACGAGUACGCCAAUGGGCCUGGGCCUGGUCCGGGUCCUGGUCCUGAUUAUGGCGGUAUAGGCAUGAACGGCGGCGGCGGUUAUGAACCAGGCUAUGGUGUCAUGGGCGGCGGCGGCUACGGUCAAAGCUACAGUGGUGGCGCCGGCUAUGAUGACCAGGGCUACGGUGGCAUGGGCAGUGGCGGCGGCGCUGGCGGCUAUGACCAAAGCUAUGGUGGCAUAGGUGGAUAUGGCCAGAGCUUCUUUAACAUCAACUACGCUCGCAGCCAGCCACCUCCACCGUCAGUCUCGCACGAGCACCGCCUGCAGGCAACUAACUCCAGGGUCCACUACUAUUCCGGCAAUGGUGAGCAGCAGCCACCCCCGCGCGGCUAUGGUGGUGGGUACUACCCACCGCAGAGCUCGGGCUCAUAUAAUCAGUAUGCCUAUGGUGGUUACUAUGGAGGUGGUUCUGCUCCUGCACCACCAGCAGACAUCCCUUCCUCCUCCCGUGAGCCAGCCGCACCACCACCGCCUCCAUCUCCGCCCAGGGUGUCCACCUGGGACUUCCUGAACCCGUUUGAAACUUAUGAGAGCUACUACGAGCAACCAACUGCUACAGCAGCUCCAUACUCUCCCAGCAGGAGUUCAAAGGAUGUGCGCGAGGAGGAAGGGAUUCCAGACUUGGAGGACGAAGACAUGGAGGUAGUCAAGGAAGCUUAUGGUGAUGAGAAGCACCCUGUGAAGGGUUACAUGGGGAACGGGAAGGCGGCCAAGGAAGAGGGUAGGAGCAGUACGGGAGAUGAACUGCCACGCAAGUCCAAGGCGUCUGAGGCCAGCAGUAGUGGGAGCAGCUUGGAGCAUGACGUGCAUGUAGUGGAGAAGAGUGUUGUCGGAGAACAAGUUCAACACUCGGAGCCACGGCAGCAUGUUGCCGGUCUACCACCCACAGGAUCAGAGAAGAUAUACAUUGAUGACACUGAGGUGGUGGUGGAGAUCAGGACUCAAUUCGAUCGUGCCUCUCAAUCAGCUGGUGAGGUAUCCAAGAUGCUUGAGGUUGGAAAGAUGCCUUACUACCAGAAGAGUUCAGGUUUCAAAGUCUCUGCAAUGAUGGUUUGUGGUAUACCGACAAUGGAGGAGGAGUUUCUGCGUUUUGAAGAGGACAAGGCGAUGGGAUCCGGCAACCUCUCCUCUACACUACAGAAGUUGUACAUGUGGGAGAAGAAGCUUCUUGAGGAAGUUAAGACAGAGGAGAGGAUGCGGGUACUGUAUGACAGAAAACGUGAGGAGCUGAAAAUGUUAGAUGAGAAAGGUGCAGAAGCUCAUAAGCUUGAGGCCACUGAACUUUACAUCAGGAAGCUAUCAACUAAGAUUAGCAUAGCUAUCCAGGUUGUAAACACUAUUUCAGAAAAGAUUAGUAAGUUGAGGGAUGAAGAGUUGUGGCCACAAACCUGUGAGCUCAUUCAAGGGUUGAUGAAGAUGUGGAGCGUUAUGCUAGAAUGUCAUCAGAUACAAUUGCAUGCCAUAUCCCAAGCUAAAAACAUAGACUCCAUGAUAGACACUGCAAAGUUCGGUGACGCUCAUAUGGACUUGAUCAAGCGGUUAGAGCUUCAGCUAUUGGACUGGAUUGCUUGUUUUGUUGCAUGGGUUAGCGUUCAAAAGAAUUAUGUUAAAACUUUAAAUCAAUGGCUGAGAAAUGGUGUUAUCUACGUUCCUGAGGAAACUGAGGAUGGGGCGCCUCCAUUUUCUCCUGGAAGGCUAGGAGGGCCACCGAUUUUCGUCAUAUGUAAUAAUUGGGCUGCCAGUGUGGACAGGAUAUCUGAGAAAGAAGUAGUUGAGGCAAUGCAGGCCUUUGCAUCCAACGUGCUGAACCUCUGGGAGAGGCACAGGUCAGAGCAAAGACAGGGUCUGAUGGCGAAUAAAGGCAUGGACAGGGAUCUUAGGGUGAUGGAAAGAGAUGAACAAUCAAUGCGCAAGGCUCUGGAAGAACAAAAUAAGAAGCUUGUGCUCAUUUCGAACCAGGGCAGUGUAUCCUUGUCUGCACAAGUAUUACAUGAGCGAGGCCCUGGUGCUGAAGUUGGCAGUUUACAAACAAGUCUGAGAAAUAUUUUUGAGGCAAUGGAGAACUUCACUUCUGCAUCUGCAAAUACAUACAAGGAGCUCCAUCUUCGCGCCGAAGAAGAGAAAGCCCGAGUUGCACAGGAGAGUGGCAGUGUUUCCUAG